AUGUCCAGCAGUACACAACCAUAUCAGCACAAGCAUGAAUACCAGCAGAGUGCUGAUGAGGAAAUGGAUGCAAUGUUGAAUUCACUCGGUGGACCUUCGCAAACACAAUCGCAACAUGCAACUUCUUUCCGUUAUGAUCAGCAGCAGCAGCAGCAGCAGCAGCAGCCUAGUUCUUCACAAAGCUAUCAAAAUUAUUACUACUCUUACAAUCAGUCAAGAACCAGUGCUCCCGGACCGCCUCCUCCUCUGCCUCCUCGUAACGAAUACAAUGGAUAUAUAAGAAAUAGUACAGAACCACACACCAAGUAUUAUUAUCAAACCACCGAAAAUAAUAAUAACAGUUACGGCUAUCCUCCACCACAACCUUAUCCGUCCUACUCUACUUUAUCAAACUAUCGAAAUCAUUUACCCACAACACCUCUACCUCAACGGGUCUCUUCAGUUACUGCUCAAUCAUUUCCAGUACCCGAGAGGUAUGGAUAUGCGACUCCUUCAGCUGCCGCCUCCUCCUCUGCUUCCCACAUGCACCAUAAUGUGUCCAUGCCUGUACCUCAACAUCAUCAUCAAAGAAACUCAUCCAAUAGCAGUAACUCUGGUACGGUAUACCCCCCUUAUGAUUCUCUUCCUCCUCCUCCAUUUCAACAAUCGACUAGUCCGCCAGGCUCUCCACAGCAACAGCAGCAGCAGAUCUACCCUCCCAUAGGGUAUCCCGAUGCUACACAAGAGAUCAUCAACAACUCAUACAGACCCACCUUUACUCAGCAAGCAUCAGAUCCAUCUACUUUUGUGUCCACUCCUUCCAGCAUCUCUGCUACAAAUACACCUCCACCGUUACCAACUCACACAUUUUCAGCAUCAUCCUCGAGUAAUCCAUCGACUAGUCAGUUGACUUCAAUGAGCGGUAAUAAUGGUGUUCAACCUAUGCCUUCUGUCGCUUCAAACAACAUGACCACUACCACCGCCACCGCCACCACAGCUGCCGCUACUUCCAAGAUUUCUACUCCUUAUCGAAAACCUCAUUCGUCCUUACGCAAUAACAUGAUUACUACCAUUGAACGCCCACGCUAUAGUUACUUACCAGAACAUAUUGAUACGAAUGGCAUGUCAGAAGAAAAUGGAGAGAUGCCUUUUAUCCCCGUUUCGCCGGAUACAGAUAGCGACGAGGAUGAGGAUUAUUUCAAUCCGAAAAAUGAAUAUUUGCAAAAACCUCAACAGGCAGACGAUGUUGAUUUCCACAAGACGACGAAAACAACAGACAAUUACAAUAGUCACCAACAACAGCAGCAAGCCAUCCCGCCAACCAAUAAACUCCCCCAACACAUUGAUCCGACUGCUUAUUACUUACAACAACAAUCUAUGGGAGACUUUGGCUAUCCAUCAUUUGCCAAUUCCUCUUCUAUUAAUAAAGAGGCCAUCCUACACCAAUCGACCCACCAUUUGGAAAACACCACGGCAGUUGACACUAUCACUCAGCAACGUCUUGAAGGAAGUGUGGAGUUAACUGCUGUAGCAACAGAGCAACAAGGCGAGGAGGUAGUGAAAGAGAUAACUCCUUUAAAACCCAAUUAUGGUUUGGUUUCUGUUCUAUCUGUAGCAUUUAUACGUCACGUAAAAGGCCUGGAACACGUCAGAGAACUAUGGUGUGCUAGUGAAUAUAAUGAAUCCUUCACAGGAGCAGAAGCGAUGACAAUUAUACGAAAUCUUUUGGAAGAACAAGUAGUACCGGAUGAAUAUUGCAUUCAAGUGGCUAAUGUGUUGAUGAGAGAUCAAUUGUUUUCGCCAACACAGUAUUCACAAAAAUCGCUCAUUUCCAAUUUCGUGAAUGCAGACGAUACUUACUUUCUAGAAGAGGAUAUAACGGAAAGCAACGUUUCAACCGGUGUUCUUCCGAGUUUGACACCUUGUUACAGCUAUGCCUGUCGCUCUGGAUUGAAAGGAUGCUACUCAUAUUCAUGCCCCAAUACUGGAAAAGAUUUCAUUGUAGAUAAUAAGAUCGAAGCUCAUGUUUCUUUAGAGGCUUUAAACAAAACAAUCACGUCACCUGCCGGUGGUUGGUUGGUUUCACAUGACGCUUGGUCGGCUAGAAUGGAUAGAGAGUUUUUAAAAACGUUGGAUCCCAAAGAGAUAGGAAGACAAGAAGUGCUGAAUGAGACAAUUUAUUCAGAAGAAAAGUAUUUAGCAGAUUUACGAAUUUUACAUGAGGUUAUUGUAACCGGGAUAGAAACAUCUGGUGUCAUUGAAAAGAGCCGGGUUGCUAGUUUCAUUAGUACUGUAUUUAACAAUUAUCAAGAGCUGAUACAAAUGAGUGAAUCCAUGUUCAAUGAUAUGCUUGCUCGUUACCGACAAUAUGAAGGAGAGUGUGUUCCAACCAUCGGUGAUAUAUUAGUCCAACACAUGCAGUUCUUUGAGGAAGCCUAUGUAAAAUACAGUCCUCAUGCACUUCUCGCAAAGUAUUUGGCUGAGGCAGAGAUAAAAAAGAACCCCGAGUUUGAAAGAUUCGCAAAAGAACUCGCCAAACAUGAUCGCACCAACCGCUUGCCUAUUUGGCACUACCUCCUCUGUCCAGUUACGCGUAUGCAACGUUAUCCACUACUGAUUGAGGCACUUUUGAAAAAAACACCAGAGGAUCAUCCUGAUUAUGUCUUUUUAACUCGCAGCCACGACAUUAUUCGUUCAGUUGCAACAAAAGCAGACAAUGCCGCAUUACACAUCAAAAAACGUUUGGCUAUUCUUCACAUUCGAGAUAGUACCACAUUCAAGCAAGGUGAGUAUUACGAGUUGCAGUUGAGUGAUCCCAACCGUCGAUUGUACCAUAAAGGCACCCUCAGACGCCGUAUUGGCACUCAUGACGCACCGGACAAAAAUGAUAUCUACGCUUUCGUGUUUGACCAUAUGCUCGUCAUGACAAAACUACGUAAGACAAAUACAGGCGAAGAAUACCGUAUUUGGAAAAAACCUAUUCCUUUACAAAUGCUGGUGGUUCAAAAGAAUACUUCUAAUCUUCGGAAUCAUUCUUCUGGAACCACCAGCUCACUCGCUGGCUAUGUCAAUGGAAGUUGGGACUACAGUAGUCCUAACGCUGGUCAACUCAAUGGCAAUAUCACACUCAUAUUGCAUCAUCUCGGGUCAAGGGGUGGGACGGUAUACCCCUUUUUCUGCUCCUCGGUAGAAGAGAAACAAACUUGGGUGAAGGCUAUUGAGGAUGCCAAAGCGUCCUUGAAGAAACGACAAGGAGAUACAGAUGUGUUUGAACUUAGGCCAUUGGAUGAUGUCAAUUUCAGGAAUACUGCUACUUCUGGUGUUGCUUCCGGAUUCACAACACGUAUCAACUGCUCGGUACCUUUUAUUUCCCUGAACGAAGAAAAGAAAAUAGCCAUCGGAACCGAUAAUGGAGUGUUUUUCAAAACAGAAGGACAAGAUAAUUCUGUACGUCGUAUCAUACAGUGUGAAAGUGUGGUUCAAUUGGCUGUCAUGGAAAAGUACCACAUUCUAAUUGUACUCACCGAAAAAGCGCUUCGUGCUUAUCCUUUGGACACCCUUGAUUGUAAAAGUAAUACAAAAGCAAUUGACCGUAUUGAAGUGGAAAUUGCUCAACAUGUCAACUUUUUCCAGACUGGACAUUGCAAUGGCCGCGAUUUACUUGUUUACAAGAAAAAAAAAAAUACGGCUAGUGUUUUCACUGCUUUAGAACCUUUUUGCAAUUUGCGAGACCCAAAGAACGAGAAACUAUUGACCCAUCGACCUUCAAUUUUUAGCAAUCGACCGGAUUAUCUCAAAUGGUUUAAAAAGUACAAGGAUUUCUACAUAGGUGCGGACGCAAGUAAUAUUCAUUUCCUCAAGGCUAAGUUGAAUGUCGUGUGUGAACGAGGCUUUGAAGUAAUCGAUCCAGAAAACCUUACUGUGGGUCGUGAUAUACCUGAUUCUGAAGACCCAGAAUUCUAUUUUGUUACUCGUCAUCAAGAACCCUUGAAACCCUUGGCAAUGUAUCGUAUUAAUGACAAAUUUCUACUAUGCUAUGAUAAAUUUGCAUUUUAUGUGAACAAUCGGAAUGGUUCUCUCGUACCCAGAGCCGAUAAGAGAAAACCUGCGACUAUUUGUGAAUGGGAAGGCUCCCCAACACAUAUCGUGUACGAGCAUCCUUACAUAAUUGCAAUCGAUCCUUUCUUUAUUGAAGUUCGCCAUGUGGAUACUGGUGAAUUGGUUCAGAUCAUAUCGGGCGAGAAUAUUCGACUAGCGUAUUACAAUGGUGGUGGUGAAAAACCCAUCAUCCAUGUUUGUAUGACUCACAGUCAGAAACCGGAUACGCAAGCUCUUUUCCAUUUGACAAUGAAUAACUCUCGACAUUCAACAGCAUAUUCGAGACGUUAA